GCAAACCGAGAGCAAAGGGUUAAAUAUCCGCUUGAAAUCGGAUUACUUGCACUCGAGCAACUUAGAUUCAAGCAACUUGACGAAUUUGAACGAGACUUAACAAGAACCAUGACUUACUACGACUCGUAAGCGAUCGGAUUUUCCCGGGCAAACGUUUGAACUUUCGUCCCAAUUAUUUUUUAUCCGACUCGACUCAGGGUGGUUACGUAAGCGAAGCUGAUACAUCGUCGUGUACACGACCGCGUGCGAGGCAACGUUCGCGAAAAUCCUUGGCACGAUAUCGAAGCUCGCGGACCGAUCGCGCGCCUGCGCUGCUUGCGCCAUGCGAUCGAUAGACGAGCGAUAAACAUGACGGCGAUCGCUCGUCUUCUCGCGGGGAUCGUGAUACUCGGCUUUAUCACGAGAACAGAGGGCCGCUGUUCGCACAACAGUUGGGAGAAAAUCGCUGGCGUUAAACCGGAAACCAUCGACGCGCAAACGGUUCUCUUUAGCGCGGUCAACUCAAACGGAAUAACGAAAAGUUGCUUCGAAAGAUGCAAACGCGUAAACUGCACCGCGUUCGUCAUAGACUUUGGUAGAAGCGUCUGCUACAGCGUGCGAAUAGAGGACGACGAACUGGUACCCGAACCGAAUUCCAUCUUUUACCACCGAGUUUGCGUGAAAGUGCCGGUAAGCUGCGCGAGACGAAAACUUUGGCAGGUGGAGAGAAGUCCAGGAGCGGUGUUCAUCGAUUCCAGCGCAUUCCAUCUAUCCGAUCCGAUCACGAGGAACCAAUGUUACGAGAAAUGCAUAGAGACAGGAAGAAGCUGCGAGUCCGCUCAAUUUCGGACUUCGAAACCCCUUUCGAUCGACAAAACAGCGUUCGGACGAUGCUCUCUCUCGUUGUACGAACGAGGAACCAGACCAAGAGCGUACAGGGCGUCCAUGUACAGAGACGAGUAUCUCAGAGAUCAAUGUCGAAAUCUGUCCAGAGACGAGUAUUGCUCGUACGCGGAAUUCCAAAAUGUCUCGUUACCGUACUCUGACGUCGCUUUGAUGGACCUUGACGAGAAGCAGUGCGAGAAAAGAUGCGACUCGAGCGUGGAUGGUUUUAUCUGUCGAGGAUACACGUUUGCCAAUUCGUCGGGUCAACCACUUUGCCUACUGCACUCGGAAGACACCACCAGUCUAGGAGUUAGCUCGUUGAUCGACGCGACGAACGUGGUCUACAGAGAGCGAGAACCUUGUUUAGAUCUGAAGGUGCGGUGCAACGAUUCGACGAUGACGGUCGAGUUGAAAACGAGCGACCCCUUCUUUGGCCGGCUCUACUCGAACGGAUACGCGGAUACCUGCGGCGCUCAGGGUACAGGCAGUAAUCGAACAAUAUUGACGUUACCUAUUCCACCCGUUGACCAGAUUCGCGAGGGUACCCUUCGUUGCGGAUUGCACCCUGCCUUUUCCGUCGACGAUCAAAAUCGAACGCGACCGUUGGUUUGGGCAACGAUCGUCGUACAAUUCAAUCCGAUCGUUCAACGACUCGGCGAUCAAGCAGUCAGGGUUGGAUGCUCGUUAAACGAUCGAGCACCUCCGCAACCAAAAAACGUCACCGUUCAAUCUAGUUUCAGCUUUCUCGAUCCAAACGCAGGAGUGCCGCCGAUCUCUUCAACGAUCGUCAACGCGUCCUCGCAAGCGCCGAUAGUCACCAUGAGGAUAUUAGACGAGAACUCGGCAGUCGCUAUGGUCACGCAUUUAGGUCAGAAGCUCACUCUGAAGAUUCAAUUGAGUCCACCAGAUGGUCCUUAUGACAUUACCGCCGGACACUUAGUAGCGAGCAGCGCUUCCGGCGAUGCCUCGUAUCUGCUACUGGACGAACUCGGAUGUCCCACCGAUCCAACCACCUUUCCCGCUCUCUCCAAGGAUCCAGUCGAUGGUCGUUCAUUAAUCGCAACUUUUACAGCCUUCAAGUUCCCCAAUAGUCAACGAGUCCGUUUCAACGUACUCGUCCGAUUCUGCUUGGACAAGUGCAUACCGACCAACUGCAACGGCGAUAAACCUUCUUACGGAAAAAAGAAACGAGCUAGCGAGUCUUGGAGUACGCAGGCAACCUACCACGCCGAAACAACGCCAACGUCCAAGGACGAAACUCCGGACGAGUUAUCGCUGGAACUCUCCAUAAUCGUUCAAAAUUCCGUCGCGUCUUCGGCCGAUCGUUUAUCUUCGAGGGAGAACUCGUCCCCUGAUACCGUGCUAAUCGCCGGAGGAAAUUCUGUGGACGGACUGCUCUGCGUCGACGCUAGUCUCGCUUUGAGUCUACUGAUCUUCUUGUUGAUCGUCCAAAUAACGCUUAUCGUUGGCUGUCUAUUGACCGUGGCACAAUACAGAAGAACGGCCAUACGAGCGGAAGAAGACAGAGCCAAUAUCUUAGCCAGGCAUCUCUACGGCAUUCACGGAGGGAACUUGGACGUAGCGCGGAGAGUCAGAUGGGCUGAUCACAAUCUUUCCUCCUUGUCUCGCGACUGACUCAAUCUGAUUGCGUUGCCCGCAUAGCUACAUUUCUUCCCCCCUCUCUUUGUCAUUGACACGUUUUCAAUCGGUUUCUUUUUACGAUGACUGAACGGAUGGCAGGAAAGGAGAUGGUAGGAGAUCCUCGCGUGAGACGCGCGGCAAGGCCGCGGAUUGUUUUCAACCAAAACUUGUAUUAAAGAAGGAACAACGAUGAAUAGACAAUUACGUAACUAUGCGGUAAACUAGUUUUAUGUGAGUAGCAUUCGCGUAUCGAUAUUGUUGAUCGGUAGUACGCAGUCAUUAAGUCAUCUAUCCUCUUAUCUUCGUAGUCCUGCAUUUUCCGUAGUGUGUUAGCGUAACAUCUGCGACAAAGAACAAACGCGUUUCAUUGAUAAGUUUUAGAUAGACAGGGAACGAGAUGGAGACUUAAACGCGUUCGUAGAUUAUACGAUACUUAUCGAUCUUGAACAUAAUCUUAACGAAUAAGAUCGCCGCUACAUAGUAUAAUACAGUUUUCCUUGUAAUACGCGUUAUAACGCGUCGGUAUUAAUGCCAUUUUGUAAUUACAAAAUGACCGUAACGCUCGUUAACCGCGUGUAUUACGAGGAAAAUGAAAUUCUCGUUUCAAACGUAACAAGUAGAUUGCGGAAGUUUAUGCAAAGUGCAUACUUUCGCGAAGCGAUAAGCAAAGUAAAGCGAAACUUCGAUAGGAGUAUCAAUAUCUUUCGUCGAAUUAAAGCAUCUGAAAAAUUAUUUUCUAUUUUGCUGUCACAUUCCGUAUUUAACUUAUCUGUCCUGCAUGUAAUUCGCUUACAUCUUGAACAUAUUUUUCGUAUUCACCUGCAUAUCGUAGUUGUCUAAACUUCCGCAAUUUAGUCAUAAAUAUUCCGUGACGUAUGGACUAACAUCGAUCAUUCCUUACCUUUUCCACAUGCCGAUGCGCAGCUUAAUUGUCCUGGAUUGGAGUACUCAACACCGUCCGAGCCGCAUACCGGAUUGUAUUCGCUCGUCGUCUGAAAAUUUUAUCGCUCCUUCUCAUUUAUUGCUACGAAUCGCGUUUUACUUUUCAGCUUCCGAACCCAUGAGAAUAGAGGACAGGAUUUUCUAUAAGCGUUAGUCGCGUGUGCCCAGACGUACGACGUUCUCCUUAAUUCAAGUGCUAUUCUUCUUCGUUCAAUUUCAAAUAUUUAUAUCCUACUUGUGUACGAUACAAUUUAUAACACAUUGACUGCGGAUGACACUACGUCGAUGUCAUGGUCUGGUAGCUCUUAAAAGCGGAAAAUACCACGUCACGAUCGUCAGCACGUGUUAAGGAAACAAAGAUUUCAGUCACGCUGAGCAACCCCGCGACGUCAGUUCCGCAAUCAACGUCAACGAAAGAUAAAAGAUACGAGAACUGUAAACAUCUGGAUAUAUUUCGAAAAAUGAAAAAAUACUAUACAAAACGUUUCAACUAAGAAGAACAGCGUGGCUCUGGAUUCUUCCGAUCGAAACGUGAGUAUCUGACUCGAUGCUUAUAGGAAAUCUCGCCUUUACACAGCGUCACGAGUGGAUGCGUCAUUUGCAAGUUCGGCAAGUUAUAGACCAAGUUAUAAACCAGUAUGACCGGUAUAACGAAUAAAUAGCCAUGACCUUCGACACGUUUUUAACAAACCUGCGCGAUAAGUUAGAAGAAAGGAAGAAAAAGAUCGAAAAUUUCAAGGACUUUCACGACUCACCAGACACGUAGCUAUACACCGGUUGUAUCGAGAGUCGAAGGAGGCAUCCUCCGUGGUCGUCGAAGGUGUUGCAGAACUAGUGGUAGUUGCCGCGGUUGCGACGUUUCUACCGUCUGCAGGUCCGUCGAAAACGAAUCCGUCCACCGAGAACGUACUGGGUAUCGUUUGAAUCUCGACUUUGCCACCAGCCAGACCAUCGUUCUUUGUACGACAGCAACGAUUAAUUAAUUCAGGAUCCAAUUGAUAAAACGUAUAAAACGUUUCGACGAUUAAGCGAUUUCGAUUAUCCUUACCUGUGGAAAUGCGAUCACGCUUCUGCCCGAGGCGAUAGCUACACACAACAUGCAUUUCCAUCGUUAGAACGUAAAUCGAUCCUUUAUACAAAUCUCUACGAUCCACUUAUUUCGCGAGACAUACUCACCUAACACUAGACAAAAUUGCCACAUUUUGGUUGAUCGUGCACCUCCUUUUCUCUAUCGUAAAUUUACGCGAAUACACGGAUAAACGCACUUUACAGAUUCUUCUCCUUUCUUUUCCGAUCUUUAUAUUCUUGAUACACGUUCGGUUGACACACCAAGAUCGAGAGUUUACUGAACGGAAAGAAGUCGUCCGCGUACUUUUAUAGCCGAGUCGAACGAGCCAACCAGAGAGAAUUGUCGAUUAAUCUUAAAAGUCCUCGCGCGAACUACUUAAUACAUGCAAAUACUGGGUUUUCCUGUUCGGUCACUAUUCUGUGCACUGUUCGGUUUCUUCUUCUUUUUUUAACGCCUUCGAAAAUAACAACACAGGAAGUAAUAAAAGACCAUUUCUAGAAU